GGGAUUUUGUCGUUAGUCGGGUGAGAAAAGAUAAACAAACAAAUAAAAUAAGAAUAGUACGACUGCAGUUCGAUUAUAUAUUUGUUCAUGUAUCGAGGAGAGGAGGAUACAGUUUAUAGAUACAGCUAAUAGAUAGCGUGAGUUAGCACGUUGCUCAAACGCUAACGUUACCUGGAUUUUACAGCACAGAAGGAGAUAAAAUGGAGAACGGCCUGUCCAGACUUCUCGUUGGACUGUCUGUAAAAAUCAGUCGAAGUGAUGGUCGAGUGCAUCUGGCGACGGUAAAAUCCGUUGAUGCCGUCAAGUCCACGGUUAUGGUAGAGUGGGCUGAGAGGAACAACUGUCGAGGAAAGGAGGUUGAGGUGAGCGAGUUAUGCACACUCAAUCCUGAGCUUUUGGACCAUAUCAACGCUGUCCCCAUCAAAGCUGCUGAUCCACCCCUUCCUGCUCCAGACAAGAAGUAUGAGGGUCGACUGCGCUCCUCCAGGAUUCCUGCCCCUUCCUCCUCCUCUGCUCCAGCAGUCACCAAUGCUGAAGAGUCAGGUCGGCAAGUUGCCAGUCGCUCUCAGGUCAGGCAGACGUGCAUGUUCCAGGCCACGGCUCCGGCCCCUGUUCCAGCACCAGUCCCAACUUCUGAGUCUUCUCAGGCAAACCUGGCAACGGUCCACUCUUCAUCAGUCCUCACAAGCUCUGUUCCUAAUCAGCAGCGCAGAAAGAAUGAGGCCAAAUCAGCACUGUCGCUUGUCCGUGAGGCAGUAAAGGAAAAUGAUGAACCCGAGAGAAUGCCUCCACCACCUGCAGUCAAAGGGAGAAGAAAAUCUGUGGCACCCCCAGAGCUAAACAAAGGCAACAAAAGGCUGUCUUGUGUGAUAAAGCCUCCUGACGUGCACACCAAGAGGGGAAAGUUUGGAGAGGCUUCUCGACCAAACCAGAAGUUCUAUGACAUGAUCCAAGACUUCAGAGAGACCUUGGAAGUAACCCCCUUAUCAACGACUGACCAUAUCGAAUCUCAAAGGAUUUGUGUGUGUGUCCGCAAGAGGCCCCUUAACAAGCAAGAGAUUAAUAAAAAGGAGAUAGAUGUGGUAUCUGUGCCUGGAAAAGGUACUCUAUUGGUUCAUGAGCCAAAACAGAAGGUGGACCUUACCAAGUACUUGGACAACCAAAUCUUCCACUUUGACUACUCAUUUGAUGAGACCGCCACCAACGACUUGGUCUACAAGUUCACAGCCAAACCUUUGGUGCAGUCCAUUUUCGAAGGUGCUAUGGCAACAUGUUUUGCUUAUGGGCAGACAGGAAGUGGGAAGACUCAUACAAUGGGAGGUGAUUUCACAGGGAGGCAGCAGAACAGUGCCAAAGGAAUCUACGCCUUGGCAGCCCAUGAUGUUUUCACCUAUCUCAACCACAGGAGGUAUGCUAACCUGGAUCUCUCUGCCUACGUCAGUUUCUUUGAGAUUUACAAUGGAAAAGUAUUUGACCUGCUGAACAAGAAGGCCAAGCUCCGGGUUCUGGAGGAUGACCGACAGCAGGUUCAGGUUGUGGGCUUGGAGGAGGUCUAUGUUUCCUCAGCAGAAGAAGUAAUCAAGAUGAUACAGAUGGGCAGUGCAUGCAGAACAUCAGGCCAGACCUCAGCCAACGCCAACUCCUCCCGCUCUCAUGCCAUCCUCCAGAUUGUCCUUCGACGCAAUGAUAGAGCCACCACGCUGCUUGGCAAAUUUUCAUUGGUGGACUUAGCCGGCAAUGAGCGCGGCACAGAUGUCAGCAGCAACGACCGCAGCACUUUGGUUGAGACUGCCGAGAUCAACCGCAGCCUGCUGGCUCUCAAGGAAUGCAUUCGUUCACUUGGAAUGAACAGUGAUCACAUUCCUUUCCGGAUGAGCACUUUGACCAAGGUCCUCAGGGAUUCCUUCAUUGGAGAAAAGUCCAGGACCUGCAUGAUUGCUAUGGUGUCUCCAGGCAUGGCUUCAUGUGAAUAUACAAUGAACACACUACGUUAUGCUGACAGAGUGAAAGAACUGAAUGGCAAUUCCACAGCCAGUGGAGCAGCUAAGGCACAAGAGCCUAUAAACAGCUCCACAGAGGAGGAAACUGUGGUGGAUACCAGUGUGUAUGAUGCCAUGUCUCAAGUGGCAGAGCUGGAGGAGAAAGUUUAUGUAGAGCUCAAGAGGGUGGAUGAAUUCGUCAAGGCGAUGGAGCAAACUUCAUACAACAUCAAGGCAGAACUUCCCGACCUGUUGAAUCAUUCCCGGAAGAUAUUGGACACAUUACUGGCUUUGCAGUCUGCUGUCGACCAGGAGAGCCUGGUGAUGAUGAAACACUGAGACGAACCCACCCACCCACAAAGCUUUGUUUAUUGAAGACAUCUGUUUUUAAGCAGUUUGGUCCCUUUUGAUUUUAUUGUAUUAAUGACUUAAAUAAAUAAAAUGUACUUAGACACUAUCUCAUUGAAGGUUUUGCAGGUCUUGUAAGAAACUGCUUUGGGGACUACUGGUGUAUAUUGUUGGAUGCAGCACUUUUCUCUGUGAAUGUUUUAACCAUGAGUAAAGUUUAAUGUUUUGUGGAAGAGAAAAUAAAUCAAAUUAAAUCUUUUUUUUUUUUAUUAUAAAAACAUGGCUCAUUUCAGUGACUUAUUUUUGUCAGAUAUGUGUCAAGACAGAUCAGAGAGUGUUCAUCACCCAUAAACCCCAGUGAAAGUGGCAUUUGCACAAUAAAGAUGAAAGUGCAGUACUCAAAUAAAUCCAUAAUUGAA